AUGUCAAAACCUAUACAAACUUCUAGAAGACCCAGAAAAACUCGAUUAGACAAUACGGGAAUAGGUGGACAAGUGGUUUCUAGUGUCAAGAGAGGUAUACAGAAAGAAGAUUUACAUCAAAGGAAUAGAAGGUUGGUGGUAUUACUCGCAGUGGCAUUCACAGGAUUCGUCAUCCUCACUGCGUUCUGGAUAUCGAGAUUAUAUGUCAAUAUCAAAUCUACUGGUGGGGUAUGGCAAUUGAUACGUCGUUUGAGGAUCAUGUUGGCUGAAGCUGGAAAAACGGGAGGAGUUUUGGAACAUGUCGUGGAGGAGUUAUAA